CAGAGUUUAAAAGUAAACACCCUACCAUCUCAUCUCUGCUCUUGGGGCCUCCAGGCUGCCCUUCUUGACCACCGAGCAAGGCUGAGGAGAGACCUCCUGUGCUCUUCCCCCAAACUGCAUGCCUUUUCCAAUAAGCAGAAGGCCUGUGGCUUCAGGAGGCCCUCCCAGCUCCAUACUCUCUCUGUGGUCAAGUACUGUUCCUUUGGAUAAACAAAUUAACUCUGAAAACUCAGGUGAGGACUCCGUCAGCACCCUGGGCCUGAUCCUCGGCGUGGGGCUCUCGCUGCUGCUCGUGUCAGUCCUGGGCUACAGCCUGGCCAAGUGGUACCAGCGUGGGUACUGCUGGGAGGGGCCUAAUUUUGUCUUCAACUUGUACCAGAUCCGGAACCUGAAGGAGCUGGAGGUGGGCCCACCCUUCACCAUCAGUGGCCAUGUCAGCAGUUCGGAUGGCAGCUACAUGAAGUUCUCCAACAGGCUAGUCUGAUGGGGGAGCAUCAGCCUCUGGAGUCCCAGAGAGGUGAGUGGAAGGUUGGUGAGCUCCCGAGUAAAUCUGAUGUCCUAGUAAGGUCCUCGGAUGGCGCAGGCAUUCAAGCCCAGCACCAAGGACUGUUCGGAACCCAAGAGAUGAUUCGGUUCAUCCCCCCCUCCCCCACUUCUGGGGGGUUGGGUCUGUGGGAGAUGAUCUCGGGCACCAAGGCCCAGGGUCAUGCUGUCCUCACCACUGGCUGGCAGCGGACUGCUCCUUUCCACCCGUGCACCUAGUCCACGUCCUGCCUUUCUUUCCUGCGCGUGUUCUAUUUCUAAUCAGAUGGCAGCUUCUAUCUCAACCCUUUGCUCUGACUUGAAGGUUCUAGAUGGCCACUCUCUCCAAGAAGCAACACUCCGGAGUGUCAUUUUUGAACUGAAGGCCCAGGAGCCAUCCCUGCUUCGUGGCCUGCUGACCCUUGGGUCACACCUUCCUUUCCCCUGCCUUCCAGCCCAUCCCCCCUCAACAUGGCUGUCGCUUUUUCCCAUCUACUUUCUCCCUCCAGCAAUCCCUCAUGGACACCCUAUUUCUCUCCGAGCUUCUCCUCUGGCCUGGGAGCAGCCUGGCCAGGUGCGAUGGUUUAGGAGAACCCUCCUCUCUUAGUUGUCCUUCCUUUGCUUUGCCUGCAGGAGGAGGCUCCUGCUGUGGCGCCUGCCCCCGCCCCUCCCCCCCGGGCUGCCUUCACCCUCCGGGGUCUUCAAGGCCUGGCCUGGUCCCUCGUUGUGGAUGAUGAGGAGUCACUCUGGCUGCACCACGGGCCUGCAGCAGGAGAACCCCCAGGAGGAGUCUGGGCUCUUGACAGAGUCUGGUAGAGUAGCAGUGGCUUUCUCCUACACACAGAAAGGCAGGCAUUACCCGGGGGAGGGGGGGGUAGAGACUGGCUCCCAGGGGACCCCUGAGCCUGUGGAGAGGUUCCAGGUGUCCUGGAGAGCAAAGGCCUCCCAGCUCAACUGGGGCGUCCCCAGACGCUUACCCUCGAAG